AUGACAAUCGUUCGAUCUGACACCGCCAAUGCUGUAACGGUUGAAGUGGAGGACAAGUUUAUGAUUACAGCCCACGUUGUGGCCAUCACUCCCGAGGAGUCUCGAAUCCACAACUACGGAAUCACCUCGGAGUCGGAGCACUGCUUUGCCCAUCUGGAGCUGAACUUCGAGUUCUACUCUCUCAGCCCCCGUGUGACGGGCGUUCUUGGGCAGACAUACGGAUCAGAGUACAGGAGCCCCAUUAACUUGGGCGCCGCCAUGCCCGUGGUGGGAGGUGAGGCCGAUUAUGUGACCACCAAUCUGUUUGCCACUGACUGCAAAGUUGCCCGCUUCGGCUCACCCAAUAACGACAACGACAUCAACACCAACGAUUUCUCCAUCCUCGACCUCAACUGUGCAGGGAGACCCGGUGGCCGUGACAUGGUUUUCCGGAGAUGGAUCUAUAUUUAG